GUACAGACUGGUUUGGCCAGCAAGAGAGCAACAGAAAAUGGGACCCUCUUCCGCAACUCAAGCUCUCACUCUCUUCAGCUCUCUGCCCAAAACCUUAAUCUUCAACGCAGAGCCUCGGCCCUCAUCUCUGCAACUCUCGAGACCCAAAAGAUGGAAACUGAUAGUGACGAUGAGAGACAGAAGCAAUAACCCGAGACCAUUGCAGAAAGGGAGACACCUCAGCAUCGAAGCCAUACAGACCGUACAGGCCUUGAAGAGAGCCAACAAGAACCAGAGCUUUCUUGACCAAGCGUUCGAUUCUAAGUUCAGGCGCUUGCUGAAGCUCGACAUGAUGGCUGUCCUUCGUGACCUCCUCCGCCAAAAUGAGUGCUUCUUGGCCCUCAAGGUCUUUGAAGAUAUUCGAAAAGAACACUGGUAUAGGCCGCAGGUUUCACUUUAUGCUGAUAUGAUUAAAGUAAUGGCUAGCAAUGAAUUGUUUGAACAAGUUGAACUUCUUUGCUUGUGCUUGAAAAAAGAAACAAAUUUACACCCUGAACUUGAGGCUUUUAAUGCUCUAUUGACAUCAUUUAUAAGCUUUAACAUCCCUAAACUUGCAAUGGAGUGCUAUUACUUGAUGAAAGAGGUGGGAUGUGAACCAGAUAGGUCAUCCUUUAGAAUACUCAUUAAUGGUCUAGAAUCCAUGGGAGAGACAGGUCUUUCAGGUAUUUUGAGGCAGGAUGCUCGAAAGUAUUAUGGUGAAUCUCUGGAGUUUCUAGAGGAGAAUGAAGAAACGGCAGUCAAGUGAGCCAUCGAUGACUUGCCGGAUUUAGAUCAUAUGAUAUUGUCUGUAAGGAAGUAUGUAUGAAACUGAUUUCUUUGUCAUUUUGACAAAGCAUCGUGGUUACUUUUCGGUAGAAUAGAAUGAUACACCCUUAGACAUAACCACUCUAAACUCUAUUUUUCUUACAUACCCAUUUAACUCUCAAGUCUAUUAUCACUGAAAGCUGUGUUUGACUGCUCGGUUUUAUGAUCUGUAUAAUGGAUUGUCCGGCAUUAUCAUUUCUUAUUGUGCACACGAGAAGUGGUGCGAUUGGUUUAGUUGCUGAUGUUUACAUGUUAAAGCGAGUACUUCCUCAACUCGAGCAAGAAAACCUCUUUCAGUGUGUUGCAUCACACUUGUUUGAAUGCGUAUGCCGGACAGUUAGCCAAAUGGAAGAGAAUUUGCUAUGAUAACAGCAGCAGAGUACAAGUGACCAAACAAACAAAAUCAAAGGAAGCUGCACAACACCCAAACACAAUCUGGAAAUCCUUCAAGUGUAUCGAAGACCGUGGCUGAGGUGGGCAGAAGUGCCAGAUAUCACAAACUUGUCUUACUAACUUCUCUAACAGAAAAUGGGACUUUUGUAGGCUGAUUACCAGUCUGUAAAGUGUUUGCAUUAUGUAACUGACUCUAGCUUCGCCAUAUAAGGAUGAGUCACCAAUGUAAUUCAGUGUAUAAACACAAACUUCAAUGAAAAAU